AUGCCCGAUAUCAUAGACUUGAUCUCGUCUGAUCCUCCAAUAGCUGACAACCCACCACCGCAAUAUGUACCGCAGUCCACACAGCCGAUCCCUCAACGUCCAUCCCGCUUGGGACUGAUCUCAUCGGACCCGGUUAGCGCUCCAUUGUUUACUCACGAUGGCUGUGACAUACCUCCCAAGAAGCGAAGAGUCAGUCGUGAGGACCAGUCGCCUCUCCGACACACGACGUUGGCGUUUCCCAGCUCAUUACCCUCAAUACAAUUCUCGGACGACGACUUUGGCCUCCCACCCUCACGCCCCAUGGCGCCCAAGACACGACCGGGGCCGAACGUGGACAAUUCAGAUCCUAUUGUUUUCACAUCCCCUGAGCCCGAAAGGCGAACCCAGGCCGUGCCUUCUGGCUCCCUCGACCGACCCUACGCCCCGCCACCUCCUACUUCUCUCAACAAAACCCACGACCCAUCGGACAUUAUCACCAUUGAUGACGAUGAUGCAAAUCCUCCGAUGGCUACUGGGGGAAAUAGAUCUUACCGAUGUACCCAAGACAGCAUAGAGGAGUUUAGUGAUCCAUUUUCCAUUCCGGGGUUUGCAGAUAUCAUUGGAACUAGUACGGUUUCUAAACCCAAAUUUUCCAGCAAGACUGCAGAGUUGCUCGCUUCACUUAGUGCAAAUGACAAGCCUACGGAUGGGGAAAAUGUUUCGAAGAAGGGAAAUCGGAAAUAUAAGAUUGCUGGAAUUGGUACGAGAGGUUCGAAUCUUUCGGAUGAUGACAUCAAUGAACCUGCUUCACCACGGCGGCCAGCGAAGAAAUCCGGAAAAAUGACGACUGAAGAAAAAGAAGCCAGGGCAAAAGCUCGAGCCGAGGCAAAAGCACAAAAGGAGCUGGAGCGCGAGCUUGAAAAGGCGAGAAAGCUGAAAUUAAAGGAGGAAAAAGCAAAGCAAAAGCAAGUGGCAGCGGAUAUCUCAGAGGUGAAUAAGCUCAAGGUCGACAAGAAAGAUUCUACACCAGAGAUGAUCAUCCACGUUGAAUCUUCACUCGAGGACAUGAGUGUGGGCACCCAGACUGUCGAAUUUAUGAAGCGACUUGGAGUAGAGUACAAGUUCUUCGACAGUCCCAUCCCUAAUCUGAUCAAAUGGAGCCGAAAGGUCAAAGCAAUUUACAAUGAGACGGCUGGUCAUUGGGAGCCAUGUGCGUUGCAUAUCGAGGCAGAGAAACAUGUUCUGUGCUUGGUCCCCGCGCAAGACUUUGUGGAUAUGGUGAUUCCUUCACCGGAUGAGGAGAGGGAAACAUUGGAACUUCACGUUCUCAAAAUCCGGAGCGCUUACCCAAAUCAUAAAAUCAUUUAUCUUAUUGAAGGACUUACGGCAUGGAUGCGCAAGAACCAGAAUGCAAGGAACCGAGCUUACCAGGCCGAGGUGCUUCGUCAAUAUGAACAACCAGCCCCUGAACCUGCUACGGCCCGUCGUCGCGGCCGAAAACAGACGAAUAAACCCGAAACCACGCCCCCUGUUGAUGACGAUACGAUUGAAGACGCCCUUCUUACGCUGCAAGUGACCCAUGCAUGUCUCAUCCACCAUACCGGUGCGCCAGCAGAAUCAGCCGAAUGGAUCAAGAAUUUCACCGAGCAUAUUUCUACCAUCCCCUAUCGUCGCGAAAUGAUGGAGGGCAACGAUGCUGCAUUCUGCAUGGAUGCGGGUCAGGUCAAGACCGGUGAAGACAAUCUAGACACAUUUGUCAAAAUGCUCCAGGAAAUCAACCGCGUGACCGCUUCCAUGUCAUAUGGUAUUGCAGCCAAGUACCCAUGCGUCACGGACCUUGUCCGCGGUAUGCGGAUGCAUGGGCCCACGAUGCUCGAGGAUGUCAGGAAAUCUGCAAACAAGAAUGGUGCUUUGACGGACUCGAGGGUUGGCCCCGCUGCCAGUAAGAGGCUGUACAAGGUAUUUACAGGCCUCGACCCGACAUCUACCGACGUCUAG